AUGAGACGUCUCAUACAUUUCAUUACGAUUAUCCUAGUUUGUAAAGGUGUUACUUUAGAAAUAAGAGGAAGUGUUAUGGUUAAUAAAUUGAUAAAAGUAAAGCCAGUGGGUGAGAUUGUUGCUAAGAAGUUUCUUCCUCUGACCGAGAUCCCACCGCCGUCUGGUCAUAAGAAGUCUGGAAGAAGGCAUCUCGAGGACGAUUGUACCAAACGACCGCCCCCUCGCGUAGUAAAUGAAGGGAAAAACAUAGAUAUUUUGGGGGACUAUUACGAUGAUAGAGUCGCCAAGACAGUAGCUACUGUAAUAAUACCCGACCAUAUCGACUACAAACAUUACCAGGUUACAACCCAAGUGCCAUACCUCACUCUUGGACCAAUAGAAGCUAUCGGCUAUCAUCCCAGUACACUAAAAAGCGAGCAUCCCAGCGAAUGUGAGAAGAUUUACCAAGACCAUAUAGCGGAAAUGUACUCAGACGAAACCACAGACUAUUCAGAAGAGUCCUUAGAAAUGGCCAAAAUGCCUAUGCAACUCAUGGCUACGACAGAAAUACCUUACGGUGAUAAAUUUCACUUUUAUGACGACAUGGAU